CAAAUGGCGGACGACGCCGGUGCUGCGGGAGGAGCAGGAGGAGGAGGAGGAGGCGGCGGUGGAGGAGCAGGAGGAGGAGCAGGUGCCGGCGGUGCAGGUGCUGCUGCCAGAGGGGGCUUCCGAGGCGGCUUUGGCAGCGGUGGCCGAGGCCGCGGACGGGGCCGUGGCAGGGGCCGUGGGCGAGGACGCGGGGCCCGAGGCAAAGCCGAAGACAAAGAAUGGAUUCCAGUCACCAAGCUUGGUCGUCUGGUGAAGGACAUGAAGAUCAAGUCUCUGGAAGAGAUCUACCUCUUCUCGCUUCCAAUCAAGGAGUCCGAAAUCAUUGACUUCUUCCUGGGCUCCUCCCUGAAGGAUGAGGUUUUGAAGAUCAUGCCUGUUCAGAAACAGACCCGUGCCGGUCAGCGCACCAGGUUCAAGGCCUUUGUGGCCAUUGGUGACUACAAUGGUCAUGUUGGACUAGGGGUCAAAUGCUCCAAAGAAGUUGCCACUGCGAUUCGGGGGGCCAUCAUCCUAGCGAAGCUCUCCAUCGUGCCAGUGAGGCGAGGCUACUGGGGCAACAAGAUUGGCAAGCCCCAUACCGUGCCCUGCAAGGUAACAGGCCGCUGUGGCUCUGUCCUGGUGCGGCUUAUCCCUGCGCCCCGAGGCACUGGCAUUGUGUCUGCCCCAGUCCCCAAGAAGCUGUUGAUGAUGGCUGGGAUUGACGACUGCUACACCUCGGCGAGGGGCUGCACGGCCACCCUGGGCAACUUCGCUAAGGCCACCUUUGACGCCAUCUCCAAGACCUACAGUUACCUGACCCCUGAUCUUUGGAAAGAGACGGUGUUCACCAAGUCUCCUUAUCAGGAGUUCACUGAUCAUCUGGCAAAGACGCACGCCGCCAGAGUGGCUGUGCAGAGGACCCAGGCAGCGGCUGUGGCAACUACCUAAAAGAUGCUGUACCUGAAAUAAAGUGACCAAGUGUGAUUUCUAAACCAGUCUGGGAAA